AUGUUUGACCCGUUGUUCUUGCCAUAUGUUGUACGAUACGAUUGUUCUAUUUUAGAUACAAAUACAAGUGAUAGUUUGCUUCUAACGAUGAGCACGAAUCGUGCAACAACUGGCAAUAGCAGCACGGUUCCUAUGGAUUCUUAUAAUCAGCUGCAUGAGUCAAACAAUCAAGAAGACAGUUUCCAUCGCAAGAUAUUUGAUAAGAUCGAAGAAGCGAAACAAUCUCGAAAUGUUGAAAAGUGCCAACAGAUACUUGAUGAUUUUCUCAAACUGCUCAAACAUUUGACAACAGAUGUGAAUAAUUACAAUCUAGCGUUUCGUGAAACACGACCCUCAUUCUAUAUGCAGGAAUUUCAAAGAUUAACUGAUCGAAUUGAUACAUUAACAAAAGCGCGAGAUACACUAACGGAAUAUCUUCGUGAACUACAAAGUCAAACAAUCGAUACAAAUCUCCCUUAUUCGUCAUCAUUUAAUGAUGUUUCGACAAUGCAUAGUCAAUUUCAACAACAGUUACAAUAUUCUCCCACCAUGUCUCACUCUCCGCGUUCGUCUCCAUCGGAAAAAUCUCAUCAUCAGCAUACAUCAUCCAUUUCUUCAACACAUUCGAACUCAAAAGAUAGUUCUCAUAAUGAACAUUCAACUCCCAACGAGCAUCACUCAACUCAACGACCGCGUAGUCCAACUAUGAUGUCAAACAACUUUAUCCGCGUUCAUUUUCCGAAUAAACACACAACUGCACUUGCGCCGCGUACUGAUGAAACACUUGAAACGGCACUUCAAUUACGCGCUUCAAGACAUUCGGUGACUAAUAUACGUGCAUAUACGCCAGUCUAUAUGAUAUCAAGACAACCGUGCCCUUGGGAUAUCACUCUCGAUCGUCUACAAGAAACAGAAAUCGAACUCGAAGAAAAACCAAAUUUUGAUCAUUCAUUCAUACGAAAAAGAUUUUUUACUCUCACCUAUUGUGACAGUUGUCAUAAAAUCCUCUUGCAAGGACUCCGAUGUCUUGAAACGCUUCCAUCGCCUCGUUUUCGUGCAUUUAUGGGUGUACGUUGUGUGUUUUGUCAUCAUCGUAUUCGUGAAAUGUAUAAACGUUGUGUUUCAUGUGGCAAUACUUAUCAUAAUCAGUGUUGUAUCAAAGCACCUGUUUGUUCUCAUCCGAUUCUUCAACAUAUUAAACAUCUUGGUCCUGAUCGUUUUAACGUCGAUCGACCAAAUGUUCAAGCACGAAACAAGGAACAAUCGCGUAGCUUGCCACGCAUUCCACUACCCAGACAAGGCAUUGCAAUAAACCAAGGAGUCGGUCCACAAAAGGACAUUAGUCAAGAUUCACUCCCAACAACAACAACAUCAAAUGUUGGCACCACUCCAACUGCUACUCUAUCGACGAUCAAUAUAUCGUCAUCACCAUCAUCGAACACACUUUUUCAACCGUCUACAACACUUCUGUCAUCAUCGUUGCCGUCAGCCGAAUCACUCAUACUUCACAUUCCUCAGUUAUUACUGAUGGCCAAUGGAUCGAUUGUAACUAAUCCGGAGAAGCUUCGACCGAGUUUGGUCAAGCCAAAUAGUGACCUUCUUGCGGACGCAAAGAAAGCCUCACCUAAAUAUGUCAGUGAAUGGAAAAUUCGACCGGAAGAUUUACUUGACCAUGGCCGAAUGGUUGGUAAAGGUACUUAUGGAACUGUAUAUAAAGCUCAAGUGAGAUUACAUGGUGAUGUGGCCUUGAAAGAGUUGAAUUUCGUGUCACCGACUCCGAGUCAAUUUCAAGCAUUUCGUAAUGAAGUUUUUGCACUAAAAAAAAUUACACACCAGAAUACAUUGAACUUCUAUGGAUAUAUCGUUUCACCUCGUUUCGCCAUUGUAACACAAUGGUGUGAUGGCUCAACAUUGUAUAAACAUAUUCACAUUCUCGAUCGACAUUGGAAAAUCAAUCAACUCAUUGAUAUUGCUCGACAAAUUUGUCAAGGAAUGUCAUAUCUACAUGAUCGCGGCAUUAUUCAUCGAGAUUUGAAGUCAAGCAACGUCUUUCUUGAUAUGUGUGCUGAACCUGACGAUGCGGGCGUUUGUUGGCGCGUUAAGAUUGGAGAUUUUGGCUUGGCAGCUGUUAAAACCGUUCUUGCCGAAGGUGUUAAUCAACAAUUUCAGCCUACGGGCUCAGUUUUAUGGAUGGCACCUGAAGUUAUUCAACAGAAAGAUCCUAAUUGUUACUCAACUAGCUCGGAUGUAUAUGCGUACGGAUGUGUUUUAUUUGAAAUGUUUAGCGGAAAACUACCACACGCGCCAAUCAAUAACAAAGAACAGAUAAUGUGGCUUGUUGGCAAAGGUAAAUUGAAAAUCAAAGUUGAUGAAUGUCGUGAUGAUACACCGGAAGCAAUAACAGAUUUAAUACGUCAAUGCACAGAAUUUGACCGAGAACAACGACCGGAUUUUGCACCUGAAAUUGAUGAUGUUUUAUCAAAAUUUGAAUUCAUAUUUCCACGCACACAACGUUCACAAUCAGAGCCAUGUUUAAUUCGUAAUCCUCAAGAUGAUUUACUCGGUCUGUCGAUCAAUUUCGGCGUGCCCAAAACUCCCGUAUCCAUUCAACGACGAUUCAACGCUGACGUUUCAUGA